AUGACUUCCCUCCGGACCAACCUCGGACCACUGACCACAACAUUUACUUAUCCGGAAUCAUGUACUGUUGCUGUAGGAGCAUGUCUGACCUGCACACAAGGAUGGCAGGCUCAAACCUGCAGUAAUAACGCCUUUAACCACCAAGGGGUGCAGGAUGAUGUCGAAUGCUGGCCACCUCGGGCCAAUCCCGGCCUCACGACAGGAGUAGCUCUCAACGGCUGGGGCUUUUAUUCACCAGGUAUACAUUGCCCUGCUGGGAUGGUGACUGCUUGUUCGGCAACAGGCGGAUCAAACGAUGGAUUCAAGUUUCAAUACUCGUUGAACGACGGUGAGACUGCUGUAGGCUGUUGUCCAAGCGGCUAUUCCUGUGGACAUGAUGGUCAGGAUCAAUAUCAAACAUGUCAGUCAGUCUACGUUACUGGCUCUUUCCCAGUUGUGCAGUGCAAGUCCGGCUCGAGCAAUGGCUAUACUUAUCAGACCGUCCCGGCGACUGUCACGGCCACCACAUCCGAAUCUAUGACGGUGACGCACACAAUUUCUGCGUAUACUGUUAGAGCUCCCAUGAUCCAGAUCAACCACAUGGCAACUGAUUUGCCGAAAUCGACGCAACCCCCUCCUACCUCAUCGGACUCGUCUUCUGGAAUACAGGUCAGCGCCUCCAUAUCUGGGCAUUUGUCUCCUGGUGCGAAGGCUGGAAUCAUCGUCGCUGCCUGCUUAUGCGCAAUAAUAUUCUUCGGAUUGAUUGCAUGGAUCUGGUUUAGGUGUGUGUCACGCAGAAACAACGCUGCUUCGGCCAAGUCAGAGAUGGGUGGCGCGCAAAUCCCACCUAUUCCUGCCACGAACAAUAGCAUGCGACAAAGGCUAUCGGCAAAUAGACCCAAGUCCGAGUUGCCGGAACACCACAUUGUUUCCGAGUUGGAUGGCUCACAGGUUUCAGUGCAUGGAAAUCCCGCAGGUCCCGGUUGA